UCAUCAAUGUAUCACAUUAAUAAUACUGUUACUUAUUCUUUGCAGUGAUAACCAAAACAAUAAAAAAGAAGUCCCAUAAAACAAACCCAAACAGCCAACAACUUUAUUACUGCUCCACUUAUGUUAACUUUUGCCCAAAGCCCCAAGCCCUCCUACUGCCCCUGCUCAUAAGCCCCGCAGGCCAGAGCCCUCUCAAAACCCUCGAGAAAUCAUGGCUUCUCACCACCACCACUACCACCGCACCACCUCCUGCUGCUCCACCUGCUCUGGCAGCCACUGCUGCCAACCACCUCCAUCACCUCCUCUUCCCCAACAAUCUGACCCUCUUCUACAAGCCCUUGCCUCUCUCCUUCUCCAAACCCAACACCCCCAAUCCCAACAAAAUCAUUAUCUAAAUCAGAAUCAAACCUAUUUUCUUAAACCGUUCCAAGAUCAAAACUCUGCCAGUAUAAAGCGUCACUUGCAUCAGAAACAUCAUCACCUACAAGAACCCAACUCUCUCCUCUCUUCACUUGUCAGCCGCAUAAAUGCUCUUGAAGCAUCGCUCCAACACUUUUCCCAAACUUCAAAAUUUUAUUCUUACCCUUCAUGUUCUCUUAAAGAUGCAGCUGCACGUGUCAUCCAAACCCAUUUCAGAGCCUUCCUCGUUCGUAGAUCAAGAACACUUAGACAGCUCAAAGAUCUUGCCUUUAUCAAAUCAAGUCUCAAUUCUCUCAAGCUCUCAAUUUCGAAUAAAACCCAUUUUGAUUGUGAAGCUGUUUCUCAAAAAGCCAUGGACUUGCUUCUCCAACUUGACUCUUUUCAGGGUGGUGAUCCAAUGAUUAGAGAUGGAAAAAGGUCAGUUAGUAGAGAUUUGGUUCAUUUUUUGGAAUAUAUUGAUGGGUUGGCUUUGAAAAGGCAUAAUCAUUUGUAUAAGAAUGCAAAAAAUAUGAGGAUUUUGGGCAAUGGUAGUAAAGCUAGGAUUUUGAGGUCUAAUUCUGGAGAAAUAAUGCAGAAAUUGAGAGACAGAGUUGAAAAGCUUGAUAGGUUUUCUAGCAAUGAAGAGGGUGAUGAUGAUGUGGAUCUUGAAGGGUUUCAUCAAGUUAUCAGUGAAGGAGAGAAUCCUAGGAUUUCUAUUACUGGAAAAGGUGGCAUCUGUGUGACUCAAAAUAGAAAUGGUGGGGUUUUGGUGAAAAGCCAAGGGAGUCAACCAAGAGUUAAGAAAACUGUGAGCUUUGCUGAGAAUGCAAAUGUGUACAGGAUUAUCAGUGGUGGAAAUGCGGUUAGUUCAAGUGGAGAUGGUAGUUUAACUGAUGAGAGUGUUUCAAGCGAUGAUCAUGGAGAGAUAGUGGAGAAUCUUUGUAAACAAAGUGGAGGUUUAGCUGAGAAUGAGGAGGAAGUGAACUUGGAUAAUGAACAAUGCUUGCUGAGUAGCCAUGGAGAGAAGAAUACUAGGAAGAAUAUGAGCAGGCAUGCUAGAAGUGAGAUUGAUGGGGAUUAUCAGGUUCAAGAUGGAGAUUUUGUGUUUUCUGCACCAUUGCCUGUCAAGAUGGAAUCUAAAGCCGACCUGAUGAAGAAGAGGAAGGAUGCUCUUAAAAUUGUCUCAUAGACAGCACCAUAAUGAAGGAUUAGAUCUUUAUUGGUUGAGAGAGCGCACCAUGGAGAUGUUCUGAGGGCCCCUGCUAGUAUUUUUCUCUCGCACUGGGAGGGCUUGGUUUGACUUAUUUUAUAACUUGUCCCUGAUUGAGUGUUUAAUGUUAGCUGAACUGAAUUGUCAUUCCCUCCUUGUCUCAUGUCUUCACAAUCAUUGUUCCAUGUCAAUUAGUAUUCUCCUACACAUUUUUUUCAACUAGUUGGAGAGAAGGGUGGGUUAAGAAUGUUUGAUUCAAUGUAGUUCCUGUUGUGCCUGUUACCUGAUUGCAACUGCAUUUACAUUGCAAGUGAUUGUGACCUACUACAAUUCUUGUCUAUGCAUUGCGGAAAUGGAGAUAAGUUUUUGAAAGGGCUUUCAACUAUAUCAACAGCUAGUUCCAAGUGUGUAAGUUGCAAGAGUUGCCUAACUAACCUGAUUACCAGGCAGAGUCCAGUCUCUUGAGAUUUGGUUUUGGAGUUAGUUUAAAGAAACCAAAUGAAAAAAGUGAACUUACAAAUAUUCUUCAGACACACCAAUACAAACAUAUAACACGAUCUUGAAGGGAACAUCGUCUCCCAUGCUGAUUGAAUGCUUAGAUAAUUGAAUUUUGUUUUCCUACAAAAGCAAAACAACCCUGUAAAUGUUAAAAGCACUCAUUAAAGUUCAGAGUAAAUUUUAGUUGAAAAUAUUAAUCUCACCA